AUGGUCCUCAUUAGACCUACUGUCUUUCUCAUUUCUAUCUAUUUUCUUUGUUUUUCUCUUUCUGUCUUUCUUUGUUUCUUUCUUUCUGUUUCUUUACUUAUCUCUUUCUAUCUCCUUCUCUUUCUCGAUCUAUCUAUCUAUCUAUCUAUCUAUCUAUCUAUCUAUCUAUCUAUCUAUCUAUCUAUCUAUCACGAGGGUGUAGUGGUGGUCGUCGCCGUGGACGCGGGACGCGUGGCCACGGUGAGCGCUCAAAUGGAACCCUCUAAGUAUUCGACUGCAGGACGACUGUCUUCGCGCGAUUCAACGCUCCUCGCUGCCCUCAGCGAGCGUGUGGUGGUCGUCGCCGCCGCGGACGUCGGUAACAGGUAUGCGCUCAAAUGGAACCCUCUAAGUAUUCGACUGCAGGACGACUGUCUCCGCGCGGUUCAACGCUCCUCGUGCGUACAGGCUGCCCUCAGCGAGCGUGUGGUGGUCGUCGCCGCCGCGGACGUCGGUAACCCACGGUAUGCGCUCAAAUGGAACGCUCUAAGUAUUCGACCGCAGGACGACUGUCUCCGCGCGAUUCAACGCUCCUCGUGCGCACAGGCUGCCCUCAGCGAGCGUGUGGUGGUCGUUGCUGCCGCGGACGUCGAUAACCCACGACGACUCUCUCCGCGCGAUUCAACGCUCCUCGUGCGCGCAGACUGUUACCUGUGUGGUGGCCGUCGAUGCGGCCGUCUUACGCGAAGCAGUGUUCUUUCUUUCUUUCUUUCUUUAUUCUUUCUUUCUUUCUUUCGUUCUUCCUUUCUUUCUUUGCAAAUGUUUGCCUGUUUCUUUCUUUCUUUCUUUUUUCUUUCUUUCUUUCUUUCGUUCUUUCUUUCUUUCGUUCUUCCUUUCUUUCUUUGCAAAUGUUUGCCUGUUUCUUUUUCCUUUCUUUCUUUCUUUCUUUUCUUUAUUAAAUUUCUUUCUUUCGUUCUUCCUUUCUUUCUUUGCAAAUGUUUGCCUGUUUCUUUCUUUCUUUCUUUCUUUCUUUCUAAAUGUCUGUUUGUUUGUUUCUUUCUUUCUUUCCAAAUGUUAAUUUCUUCUUUAUUGCUCUUCUCAGAGUUCUUUCUUUCUUUCUUUCUUUCUUUCUUUCUUUCUUUGCAAAUGUCUGUUUGCCUCUUUCUUUCUUUCUUUCUUUCUUUCUUUCUUUCUUUCUUUCUUUCUUUCUAA